AUGGCUCCUAAGCCUGAAUACAGCCGAGUUAAGAAAUGCUCAACAAAAGACAUACCAAAAUUAAAUUUUGGUGGCAACUUCACUCAUUGCCAUCGACACUUUGAUAUAUCAGCAUCAGAACAGAGGAGUUCACUACGUCAGGAUAUUUUGAACUCUGUUAUAAAAAGAACUCAGUCCAUAAUGCUGGAGAGGGACAAUAUGGACAACCCAUUGUAUGAAGAUCCUAAAGAUGUUAUUGUGGAAAAACCACCAAAACCACCUCGUAAGAGAAACAUGCAAGGAAUAAUGAUGUCACCUCGUAAAGAUGGCAAGUCACUUAAAGAACAGAAGAGAAAGUUAACAAAAAAGUAUGAGAGCCUCAUAAGUGCAUUGAUGGAUAGAUGUGAAGAGAGUGUGGUUGUGAUCACUCAGAAGGAAUCACAGAUUACAAAACUAAGAGAGAAAUUAAAAACUGUAUUAGAAUAUAACAGUUUGUUUGCAAAUGAGAAUGACAGGCUCAAAACUGAACAUACAACACUAGUGAAUUAUAUAGAAGAAUGCAAAGAAGUUAUAAAAGAAGAAAGACAGAAGAAUCUUGAAUAUGAGAAGAAACUUAGCAAUCUCAAUGAUAGAGUCAAACAUUAUGAAAUUCCAGAUAAAGAAUCUUCUACCAUACCGUUAGUUGAGGUGUGUAUGAGUUGCAGCAGUCGCCAAAUAGUAUUGAACCAGGCUCGCGAACAAAACUCACGUCUACAGAAGGACAUGCAAGCUAUGAAAGAUGUCUUAUACAGACUAAAUGUCCAACUCUCUAGAUAUCAAGAAAGACUCCGGAACAUGAACUCUUUAGAUAACAAAGACGUUUUUAAACCAACUGAAAAAUAUAAUUUGGAUUCUUUAUUAACAGCCAGUCUUUGUCAGCGACAAGAGGUAGAAGAAUCAAAGAGUGCAGAUGAUCACACGGAACGAUUGGUUGAUUUGUCAGGACUUCUUAGUGCGCAGGCUUUGGCUCCAUUAUUCGACGCUUACCAAGAAAACCUCCAGGAUAAAGAUAAUCUCAUAUUGGACUACGAAAAGCAAUUUGAAAAUAUGAACAAGAAAUCUAAACAAAUCGUCGAAGAAAACAAAGUGUUCGCAGAUAAAGUUAAUGCGCUCGAAGAAGAGUUGGUUAGAGUGAGACAGAGCUAUAAGAAACUGAUGGUUGAGAAAGAGACGGGUGAUAUUGAAAGAGCUACGAUGUUAGAGCGAGCCGAGAAGGCUGAGUCCAAAUUAAAAGAAGUAUACGAAUUGUAUGAGGAUAAGAUGUCGGCGCUAAUGCGUGAUUACGAAACUGUUCACCGCGAGUACUACGCUCUGAAGUGUGCUCUGAAGUCAUCACAGAGAGACACGUGCCGCACCGUGCCCGCGGACCUACACGAACGACGGCUGGAUGACUGUAAACGUUUACUCGAAGAAUUAAAACACCAAUACGCUAUAGAUUCAGAACGGAAAAACGAACAAAUCAAGAAAUUGGAAGAAGAUUACCGACAAACUAACGAGAAGUAUCAGAAAGUUUGUGAAGAAAAUGAAACUAUCAAAGAAGAAUUACGUUCUGCUCUGAAAAAUGCCAGAUUGUACAGAAAAGCAGCUGUAGUAUUCCGUCAUAGGGCACGAGCUGCAGCCGCUAGAGCAAACAGAGUGAGACGCAAACAGAAGCUGUCCAGCAACGAACCGCUGAAGAGAGCGCUUGAAGCGCUGGAGAAGAUUAAACUAGAGAUAAAGGCUGUAAAAACCCGUGCCCAUUCCUCACUAUCGGAGUUGGAACGUCGUAUUCUUCAUCAGGAACGCGAGGCUAUUGAAGCCCAGACUCAGUACAGACGGGACCUGGAGCGAGCUGAACUGGCUUUGAGGCAUAAGGAAGGAGUUAUACGGAACCUGGUUGAUAAGGUUGCUGAUGUUGAGGAAGUCAGAUUGAGCCAAGCCAAUGCUUAUCGUCUACAAGGAAUAGCUUCCGACACAUCAGAUAACUCUGUCUCACCAAAACAAGGGGAGAAGAAAGAGAAAGAAGAUAAAAAGUCAAAUGUUAAAGGUUAUAGAGAAAAUGAUAAGAGGAAUAAAUGA